CUUCAUAUCAAUACAUAUUUCAUUUAAAUUUUGGUGUCGUCGCCGGUUACAUUUUUAUACCUUUCAUUUUUACAAAACCUAAUCCAAUUUCCACUUAUACAUAAACUGUUGAUGCUUAAAAUGAUAGACACCCCUUAAAAAGGAGAUCACACGAAACGAUUACUUAACAAUUAUCGCGGCACGUUCGUGUCGCGUUCAUUUUGAACGUUGUUGUCGAGGGAAACGAUUGCGGCAUAAAAGUAGGGUGCAGGUGACAGGUGGGUUCGGAUGGUAACCCGCCGAGACCGGUACCGACACCCCAUUACAAAAUCCAGGUCAAAGGAAGUCCAAUUUAGGUCAAAAACGACGGUGGAAGUGGAGUUGCACAAGUAAUACGAUAACCAAACCGAUUUGGUUUUAGUCAUGAACUAAGAGCGGAUGAAACAAGAAGUCUAUUUUGGUGUUUUGAAAACCGACAGAAUGAUGAGCACAUGAUGGAUGAGAAAUGUGACAAAUGUCAAAAGAGUCAGAGCAACGCUUAUCACAACGUCAGCAUGGACAAUAAUUCCGACGUUGGUCAAACGACGAAGCAAUCGCCAAAGCUGCUCUCGCCACGAAAAUCAACGCAUAUCGUCGCACCAACUCCUCAACAACUUGUCGAUAAUAUAUGUCCAAAAUACGUUGAGCCAAGUAAAUACAAAAUUAAUAUUUCUUCCGAAAGAUUAGCGCAACUUAAAAAACUUGUUGAUGAAGCUGUUAAUGAUCACAGAAUUUUUACUAUUAAAGGAGGUUGGCAAAUUCUUCGUGGAGCUUUACACAGAAGGGGUUGGAUAGAAAAAUACGAAACGGCACCAAAAAAACCGGGAAUACAACCACAACUGCCGCAAAAUUUAGAUGAUCUUUGCGUUAAUCUUCCAAGUAGACAAGCAUGGGAAAGCCAAAAAGUUCAUAUGGAAAAAUGCGAAAGAACGGUCAUGUCGAGACUCCUGCAAGUACACGAUUGCGAUUUAUAUUGGAAUAUGAGAAAAGACCAAAGCGAUUGGCAACAUCGUUGCAAUCAUAACAAAUUAAUGAAUCGCUUCGGAAGAUCACUUUUUACAUCAAAGGAAGGGUUAACACUUUUACUUCAACAACUUUAUUGGCAUAUUGAGCCGGGUGUUGCUCAAGUAAAUUAUCCAAGAUGUUACGUGUUAGGUUUUCCCGAUCAUUUUCACAAUUUCGUCGACGAUUUUCGUUUGACAGCAUGUAUGGGUCUUUUAAAAUGGUUUGUUCAUAAAGCAGAUACCGAAGAUGAAUAUUCGAUAAAAUCGCCUGAAGGAAAAGUACCCAUAAGUUGCGUAAACUUUGCUAUGAGUCGUGUGGAUGAAUUCGUCGCUACGAAAAAACAUUUAGACAUCGAUAGAGAUUUUCCUAAAGUUUGGGACCACGAAUGGGAACAAUUUUUAACCAAUUUCCACCGGACAGUGAACCAAGGGGAAUUAUUUCUCGAGUCUAAAGAGUGGUCGUUGCAUAUACUUCAUGCGGCUGCAAAAGUAUCUCUUCAAGAAGUCGCUAGAUAUUGGCCUCAAUUUAAUUUGGACGGUAUGAAAAAUAUUUGGAUUAUGAAACCAGGAAAUAAAUGUAGAGGGAGGGGUAUACAUCUGGUUAGGAAUGUUCAAGACGUCAGUAAAGCGGUUAAUUUAAAAUUGAAAUAUGUAGUGCAAAAAUACAUUGAGAAGCCUUUAAUUAUUUAUAAAACUAAAUUUGAUAUCCGACAAUGGUUUCUUAUUACUUCAGUGCAGCCAUUAACAAUAUGGAUGUAUCGCGAAUGUUACUUCAGAUUCAGUUCACAAAUUUUUAGUUUAGAAAAUUUCCACGAAUCUCUACAUUUAACUAACCAUGCCGUUCAGUGUAAAUAUACGAACGUGAAUCAAAGAGAUAAAGCUUUACCAGAUGAAAAUAUGUGGGAUUGCGAAUCUUUUAAAAGUUAUUUGAAGCAAAUCGGACAUGGGAAUAAAUGGGAAGACGUUAUUUUUCCAGGGAUGAGACAAAGUUUAAUCGCUACCAUGUUGGCUUGUCAAGAAACGAUGGAUAGAAGGCCCAAUACUUUUGAAUUAUAUGGAGCUGAUUUUAUUUUAGCCGAAGAUUUUAGCCCAUGGUUAUUGGAGAUUAAUUCAAGUCCGGAUUUGUCUCAUUCUACAAGCGUAACAUCUCGAAUGUGUCCACAUUGUCUUGAAGAUUUAGUUAAAGUUAUUGUUGAUAAACGAAGAGAUCCUAAAGCAGAUACAGGAAGAUUUAUAUUAAUUUACAAACAAAAUCUACCAAGACCGCCAGCAUAUUUAGGCAUGAGUUUAACAGUUCGGGGAAAACGUAUUUUUAAAAACCGUCUGAGACGUCAUAAGAAUUCAGGAAAAGAAAACGAAAGUAUUUCAAAAAGGAAUGGAUACGCGUUAAAAGCACCAACAACACCUCAAAUACCCACCAUCGUUCAUGCAUCUUACACACCAAGAGAGACCGUAACAAGUUACAGCGGUCCCGUUAUCGGAGAUUUAAUGGAAGAGCUUCAAUCGACCUAUUUAAAAAGUUGCGAAGACGGAAUUGAUUUUGUUCCAGUUUUAAAAAACGAAGUAGGGAGUAAAAUCAAGAAGAAGACGUCAAAUAAUAAGGAAGGGGUAUCGAAAGGAACUAAAAUCGUUUCAAAAUCGGGGACUAAUAAAAAACGUUCUGUUAACAGAAAGCCAAAAGGAAGCGCAAAGCGUGAUGGUGAUACUAAUUUAACCACAACAUCCGCGAAAUCUACAACGACUAUCCAAAGAAGUUCUACUGGACAGGGAAGAAAUUACGUAAAAGGAGGAACUACGGCUAGUAUUCUUAAUGGGCAUAACAUUCUGUCGAAAUUUCGAAUUAAUAAUAAAGAAAUUAACAAAAAUAAUAAUGGGUGUUUGGAGAAGUUUUACGGGGAUAUCGAUAAAAGACAUGUUUCGGCUAAAGCCGAUCUGUUAACUGUUGGGGUUAAUUUUAAGAAUUAUCAAAAAAAUAAUUCUAAAUAAGGAAAGGUUUAACAUCACUAUUUUAAAAGAAUUUGUUAAAAAAAAUGUUAAAGAAGAAAGUGUUA